AUGCACUGUAGUCUCUGUUUGUCCCUGACUGUGGCUCCAGCGAACCACACGGUGACGGAGGAGGUGAUGGAGGAGGUGCUGGAGGAGGUGAUGGAGGAGGUGCUGGAGGAGGUGAUGGAGGAGGUGAUGGAGGAGGUGAUGGAGGAGGUGAUGGAGGAGGUGAUGGAGGAGGUGAUGGAGGAGGUGAUGGAGGAGGAGAUGGAGGAGGUGAUGGCCGUGUAG